UUGAUCUAAGUUAGUUAAGUUUAACCACUCGAAGCAGAAGAUACAAAUAUAUAUUGAGAAUCAUGAGGAUAUCUCAUUGUUUCCUAUUGGUUGUGUUUUUAGUGGUAGGCACGAGAACAACUGUUGACUCUAUGCCGAAAAGAUGUCUUGAGUCAGAAGAUUGUUACGAAAGACAACUGCAUCCCGAUCUGCCAAGCGUGACUCGUGUGUCUCCUUCUAACAGAAGUCACGAGGAACUGAACUCCUACUGGUUGGAUCAGGCUAAAUCAUUUGUCGUCGAGAAAAAAGAUCACAUACGAAACACCAAACGGGCCAAAAAUGCCAUUUUCUUUUUGGGCGAUGGCAUGGGACUGACAACAAUAGCUGCUGCUCGAGUCUACUCGGGAGGUGUGGAAAAAAAACUGUCCUUUGAAGAAUUCCCUUACACAGGACUCUCGAAAACCUACUGUGUCGAUAGAAUGGUACCCGAUUCGGCUACAACGUCUACGGCAUACCUGUGCGGUGUUAAAGCAUACACCGGCACAAUUGGUAUGAAUGCCCAGGCUAAGCGAACCGACUGCGAGGACACCAAGAACUCAACAAAAUACGUCUACUCCAUUGGAAAAUGGGCCAUGGAUGCAGGAAAGUCUGCUGGGUUCGUAACGACCACUACAGUGUCCCAUGCCUCUCCAGCUGGAUUAUACGCCCACACUGCCGAGCGAAGUUGGGAGAGUGAAAAGAAUGUGGAACAAAAUUGUGGCAAGAAUUCCGGAGUCCAACCCAUAGCUGAACAAUUGAUUCAUGGUGAAGUUGGUAGUCGUUUAAAGGUCAUGAUGGGCGGUGGUAAGGCGAACUUUGUGAGAUCCGAGCAAACUAACCUCAUCGACGACUACAAGAGUCAGUCAGAGAAGAAUGCUUUUGUUGAGACACGCAGUGAAUUGAUGAAAUUGAAUAUUAAAAAAGCUGACCGACUUUUGGGAGUAUUUGCCGAACGUCAUUUGAGUUAUAAUCUAGAGGCAAUCGAUAAGAGACUAGAUCAGCCGACUCUUGAAGAAAUGACUAAGAAGGCAAUUGAAUUUAUGCAAAAAGACAAAAAUGGCUACUUUUUGUUUAUCGAAGGCGGUCGAAUUGAUAUGGCGCAUCAUGACAAUGAGGCCAAAUUGUCUAUGGACGAGACAGAGCAGUUUUCGAAAGCUAUUAAGGCGGCGAGGAAAAUGACAAGUGAAGAAGAUACUUUGAUCAUUGUGUCAGCAGAUCAUUCGCAUGCUUUUUCUUUUGCUGGAUACGCGGACCGUGAUGAGGAGAUCACUGGAAAAGCAGGAACAGCCAACGAUGAUCUUCCAUACAUGUCACUUAGCUAUGCAAAUGGGCCAGGUUUCCAGAAAUAUUACGACACGGAGAAUCACCUAAGAAUCGAUCCAACUUCAACAGAUAAAAAUGAGUUACAUUCGAAAUGGCCUGCUUCUGCUCCCUUUUCAUCAGCAGCGCAUGGCGGUGAAGAUGUUGCAGUUUAUGCCUCAGGUCCAUGGGCACACUUGUUUACUGGGGUUUACGAACAGAAUACUAUUCCUCACAUGAUUGCGUAUGCUAUGUGUGUUGGUGAUGGUUUGAAAUCUUGUGAUAAAUAAAAACAGAUCUAAUAGGAACUACAUAAAUCAUUCAGAACUAAUAUAGUCGCUCUUUUAAAUUUGGACAGGAUAAACACAAAUGUCUCCGAUGAAAUACUUUCUGGGAAAAACUCCUAAUAAGAGUUGUUAUAUAAUCUAUUGUAAAUUGGCGCCCGGGUGAGCAUGGAAACGAAAACAUGUUCUU